AUGGCUCCAAUUGAUGAGGCAAUUGCAGAAUUGGAAUCUGUGGCGCUUGAAGAACGACCUAGCUAUACGUUUAUAGCGAAAAAGUAUGGUAUAAGUCGAACAACUCUAGCAAGACGGUUUCGCGGUAUCCAACAUUCAAAAGAUGAUCAAUAUCAAGACCAGCGAUUGCUCAACGAUCGGCAGGCGAAAGUGCUUAUUUCGAAUAUCAACGAAUUAAGUGAGCGAGGCCUUUAUAUUUCGCACGAAAUGCUACAAAAUCUCGCUCACGAAAUAAGCGGAAUUCGGCCAGGAAAACAGUGGCCGAGCCGCUUUUUGAAGCGCCAUUCGGACAAGCUUAUUUCUCGCUACACAACCGGUAUCGAUUCGUCUCGAAAAAAGGCCGAUUCUGCAUGGAAAUACGCUUUAUAUUUUGAACUUUUGAAGCGAAAAAUCGACGAAUACGAGGUGCAGGAGGAAGAUAUUUACAAUAUGGAUGAAAAAGGCUUCUUGAUCGGCGUCCUCGCUAAAGGCAAAAGGAUCUUCUCAAAGAAGGCCUACGAGCGAGAU